AUGUUGUUAUUCUUCAUCACUUUUGCAUAUUUAACAAAACGAAUUGCAUGGAGACAUGUAAGUGGCGGCAAUAAACAAAAACAUAAUAACAUCACAUCGUUGUAUUUAAAAAUAACAAAGUGCUGUCUAUCUCUGGAACACUUUGAACAGUCGAAAUUUAUUCUAUCAUGGCUAAGAAACUACCAUAAAACGGAAAGACAUUUAAAGCUCAUAUGUAUUUUACUAUGCAAAAGCAAAGUACCUCCGCCGAUGGAACAACCUUGGAAUCUAGGAAGAGGCGAAAAUUGUGGCGAGGCGUCUGCUCAGACUGCUAUUCGACAUGAAUUUGCAGCACCACCUGUCUCAUUUUCAAGAGCAAAGCACCAGCCACACUAA